UAUGAAGACACUGCUGUUUUUGGCCAUGCUGCAGAUGUUGGCUGCUCCAGCAUUCUUUCUGCCUCCUGUUGACUAUUGGGAGGACUGGGGACCAUUUGGGGAGUGCAGUCGCAGCUGUGGGGGUGGGGUGACUAAGAGGAUGCGCAGAUGUGUCACGCAGAGGACAGAUGGAGGAAGCAACUGCAUAGGGCCUGAGAUAUCCUACCGCUCUUGCAACAUCCAGGACUGUCCAAUGGGAUCCAAGGAUUUCCGAGAAGAGCAGUGUGCACGCUUUGAUGGAUUGGACUUCCAAGGGAAACGCUACAGCUGGCUGCCCUACUAUGGAGCAGAGAACCCAUGUGAGCUGAACUGUGUCCCCAGGGGAGAGAACUUCUUCUACCGCCAUCGUCAAGCUGUGGUGGAUGGCACACCCUGUUACCCAGGACAAAAGGAUAUCUGUGUGGAUGGGGCAUGCAAGCGGAUCGGCUGUGACAAUAUACUUGAGUCACCCCUGCAAGAGGACCCCUGCCUGCAGUGUGGGGGGGAUGGACAGUCCUGUUACCUUGUCAAGAACACCUUUACCAUGCGUAACCCACCACACGGAUACCAUCAGAUGUUCCUUAUCCCUGCUGGAGCAACCAUGCUCCACAUCCGAGAGACGGUUGCCACACGCAACUACCUUGCAAUUAGGAAUCAACAUGGAGAGUACUAUCUGAAUGGGCAUGGGGUCGUGGACUAUGCCCGUGGCAUUCCUGGCCCUGGCACCAUGCUGUACUACCAGCGAGGCUUAGAAGGGGACAUGGUCCCCGAAACCAUCAUAGCCCGAGGCCCCACAACUGAGGUGCUUGUUGUAGAGCUAGUGACCCAAGAGCAGAACCUGGGUGUGGAGUUUGAGUACUACCUACCCCAGAGCCACACCCAAGAGCACUACCUGCCCGAAGACCCUGCCCAGAGGGGCUAUACGUGGAGCUUUGGCUCGUGGUCGGCAUGCAGCAGGGAGUGUGGUUCAGGAUACCAGUCGCGUCAUGUGUUCUGUGCUAUUGGCAAUGAAGUGUUCCCAGGUCACAUGUGUGCCUCCCUACCCCGCCCUCACAGCAACCGCACCUGUAAUGUGCAUCCAUGUCAACAGCUGUACAGUUGGAGUUUGGGUACAUGGAGCUCCUGCUCAGCCACAUGUGGAGUGGGCACACAGAGCCGGAGUGUGUGGUGUGUGUCCCAGGAAGUGAUGCACCCCCGUGUAGUCGAGGACUCCUUCUGCACUGCUGCCGGCCCACAACCUGUCAGCCUGCAGGCCUGCAACAUGCUGCCCUGCGCAGAGUACAGCAUCUCUAGUUGGAGUGUGUGUUCAGUGACCUGUGGGGAGGGGCAGCAGACGCGUGAGGUGGUGUGUGUGGGGGGCCGAGGUGAGCGGCUCCAGGACCAAGACUGCAGCUCCCUUCACCGGCCGCACGAUGUCCAGCCUUGCCAGAAGCCUGCCUGCCACCACUUCAUUGCCUGGCAUGUGGGACACUGGAACCUAUGCUCAAGGAGCUGUGGUUCGGGGGUGCGUGAGCGCCAGGUGAUCUGUUCUGAUACGGAGCUCAGCCUGUAUGGAGUGGAGCACUGCAAUGCCACCCCCAAACCACCCACAGUAGAGACUUGCAACACGCAGCCCUGUCACAGCCCACAGAUGGUGCCUAGCGUACAGGACCCCAGAGGCCAUAACCGCAUCUGGCACAGGUUCCUGCCCUAUGUGCCUGGGGAGUACUCUGCAGUCCCCAGGCCAGAGAUCCCAGAGAGACCCCAUGGCCCUAUGGAUGGACCACACUGCACGCGGUCCCACUAUGGCUGCUGCCCUGACAGACACACCCCUGCCAGUGGCCCCCAUGGCCAGGACUGCCCCCAGCCUCUGCAGGCCUGUGCACGCAGCAGGUACGGAUGUUGCCUGGAUGGCGUAACUGCAGCUCAGGGUCCAAACAGGGCAGGAUGUUUGGAAUCAAGACCUUUCUCCAACAAGGCCAGACACUAG